UCACUUCCUGCGCUCACGUCCGUGUGCCCGCCUUCCCUGUGCCGGCUCUCUGCUUCCUGUGCUCCCGCCUGCCGCGUUCCCGGGCCCGGCCAUGCCGUUCUCGGCACAGCUGCCCGCCAGCGGCGAGCGCUACGCGCUGUCCGCCAGCCUGGACAAUGCCCGGCACCUGUCCAGCCUCCUGCGGGCCGUGCACUUCCAGGACUACGCCACCUGCCUCGCCACGGCCAGCGGGCUGCGCGUGACCGUGGAGGAUGCCAAGUGUAUCCAGGCCAACGCCUUCAUCCAGGCAGAAAUUUUUCAGGAAUUUUCCGUUCAGGAGGAAUCGGUGAUGUUCCGGAUCAGUUUGUCUGUUCUUCUGGACUGCCUCACCAUUUUUGGAUCCAGCUCCUUGCCAGGAACAUCAACGGCCCUUAGAAUGUGUUAUCGUGGUUAUGGCUAUCCACUGAUGCUGUUCUUGGAAGAAGGAGGAGUAGUAACAGUGUGCAAAAUCAACACUCAAGAACCUGAGGAGUUGUUAGAUUUUGAUUUCUGCAGUACAAAGGUUGUUAAUAAAAUUAUCCUGCAGUCAGAGGGACUACGAGAAGCAUUUGCUGAACUGGAUAUGACCAGUGAAGUUCUGCAGAUUACCAUGUCUCCAGAUAAACCCUACUUCAGGUUAUCCACUUUUGGAAAUGCUGGAAGUGCACAUCUAGACUACCCUAGGGACUCUGAUUUGAUGGAAGCAUUCCACUGUAACCAGACCCAGACAAACAGGUACAAGAUUUCUUUGCUUAAACCAUCCACAAAGGCCCUGGCUUUGUCUUGUAAAGUGUCCAUUCGAACAGAUGCUCAAGGAUUUCUUUCACUGCAGUAUAUGAUUAGGAAUGAAGAUGGACAGAUCUGUUUUGUGGAAUACUACUGUUGCCCUGAUGAGGACAUCACUGAGGCAGAACUAUAGGUGUGUGUACUGGUGUAUGUAAUAUAUUUUUGUUUAUAUAAAAUACUAUAUUUUUUACAAAACCUAAUGAAAGCUGUAGAUUUUGAUAGAGUUAAUAUUGUCUUUAUUUUUUAACUCUGGAAUAAGAAAGCUGAAAACUUUCAUUUUCUUGCACUGCAAACAUUUCUUAGCCUUGACUCAAACUGAAGCUGAAAAAGCAGAAAGGGCAGCUGAUCUUCUAUAGACACUGCUUCCAACACAGAUGUUAAAGUACUGUUUCUGUAAUACAUUGAUGCUAUUUGCAAUGCUGUCCAAGAAUUUUUGUCUGUGUUAUGUUUUUUGUCUUUGACUUCUAGUGAGCAAUUACACAGGGGAAAAUCUGAAUACUAGCUGUAUAUUAGCCGGUUAACUUUCAGUGACUUAAAACCAAAUCUGUCUUGAAAGAGGACAACAUUUUCAAACAGAUCUCUUAAUAGCAGCAGGUGGUUUCUUGCUGGCAAAUGCUGACAUGUUUUGUCAGUGAAGCUACUAAGCUUCUCAUCUUGAUUAAUUCUUAAUAUAACUCAGUUCCUUGGAAUUCUGCCUGACACCAACUUACCAUUUUGUCUGCAAACUGAUGUUGAAUUGGUAAAUUGAUAUAGAAGCCAGGAUUUACUUACUCAUUACUCUCAACUGUUCUGGCAACGUCAUUGUUUUGGAUCAAUAGUUUCAAGAAUGCUGCAGCUGAACUGUUUCUGUGUAUUCAUGUCCCUGUUCCUCCUCUGCUGCUCUCUACUGGUGGUGUUAAAAAUCAUAAGAGAGAAAAGUUUCAUAUUGAAAAUUUUUUAUUACAUUAGUUUGCCUUCUCAAUAGCCUUUUUCAGCAAUAGGAGUCGCUGCUAAAGUGCAGCAGGGGAGUAUCUGCCUGGAUCCCAUGGAGUGGUGUAUUCAAGUCACUGCUAAAAAUGGGGCUGACCUCAUGCUCACUGAAAAGAGUAUGGUUUGUGGGCAGCUUUCUGCAGUGUCCCACCUCCAGAACAGCAGAUGGGUUGUGUUUAGGUCAAAAGUCCAUGUGUCCUUUCACACCAACCAACCUGCUCAGAACGGGAAGUACCUGGGAGCAGCCAGGCACUGGACUGGAUGCAGACUCUGCAAAUCACACACGCUGCCUGCCUCUCUGCUGUGGGAUGUGAUCAGAGAGUCAGCAAUCUGCAGGUGGUUUCUACAGCUUUAGCCUCUGGUCAAGUUUUGUUGUCUGUCAGAUGAGGUCUUGCUUUGUUUUCUAUGGAAAACACUGUGUUCAUAUGUUACCAAGUUGAUCGCUCCACAGUUUGACAGAAUCCUUUGGGUUUAUUUUAAGUUUAAAAUGUUUUUGUAGAUAAUUUUAAGCCUCUUGCUCAUGCUAGCGAGAGUAUACUUUUGGAUUGCACAGUGUUAUCUAUUCACUUAUAUUGUUUUUUGUGCAAAUCAUUCAUUUAUUGCAAUAAAGUUUACAAUAAAGUUAAUUGUUUGAAAUUUAUAAACAAUUACAAAUUUUUGAACUACAAGGCUGACAUAGAUACCUGAUAUUCUAAAUUGCUCUUAUUCACUGGGUUUUUUUUUUCCAAACUAAAGUGUACCCAGGACAAAUAUAAAUGAACUUCCUUCUG